ACCCAUUGGAAACUAUGUGGGCCCAGACCGCUGCUCUGCUGCUCGCCUGCUGCCUCUGGCCAGCUGAGGCUCAGACUGAAAGGGGUCAAAGCAUUUGGGAUCCACCUAUCAAAUUCAGCACCAAGGCUAAAGACUCAUGCACCAUGAUUGUCACCGGUCAAGGGGAAUUCACGAGGCUGAGACUGUCAUGCCAGAGGAACAAGCGCUCUUACUGGUGUGACUACAUAGGCAAGCCUCACACCUGCACCCCUUACAACAAAAAUCCUCGACACUAUUUCGUGCAGAUGAUGUGGAACCUGAGAAAGCUGGACAAUGCCUGCCAAGCACCAAGACAGAUUAAACCUCACAUGUGCAGGAAGGCAACUGAUGACUCUCAGAUGGUCUUCUCAUCAUCUUCAUUCUCCCAGUCACGAGCAGAGGCUUCUUCUAGGAAAGUAGCAAGACCUCAACGUCGGCCUACACCAACAAGACAAGCUGACGCAAAAUCCAUUCAAGAGCCACAAAAAGAAAAGACCACUCAGGAAACUAGUACUCAACCACCACCAACAACACCUGCUGUUGAGAGCAACGCUAAAAGAAUGGCUCGGCAGAAUUGCUGGAGGUCGCUGCAGGGCAUCUGCUCGUUCUUCAUUGGUUUGUUUCGUAAUUAACCAGAAAGGUGAGCAGCAGUACUGGGCCUGUUUGUUAACAUGUAACACUUCUUUUUAAAAUAUUCAUUUAUAACUAAUCUAGAAUGAGGCUAUUUAAUUAAGUUAGAUUCCAGCAUUUUUUUUAUUUAUUUAUUUUGCUGCUCCUAAUUAUAUUGCCUAUGCACCCAGUUUCCACCUUGCACACCUUAUGUGUUAUAUUCACAGCUUUUAACCGCUAAUGAAAAUAACUUGGCGUCUGGCUCAAGCAGCCCUUGGAGGAAAAUUCCAAACGAGGAGUUUGUUAGCCUGUUGUAGAACUGUAACACCCUCUUCAGGGCAAGCUGUGCUAUUACAGUGACUUUCAAGUACUCCUCUCACUCAAACCAACAAUUAUCAGCCUCCAUUAAGAGCCAAGCUGGAAGAACUUAAAGGUCUCACUUGACUAUGUAAUGACAAAUGUUUUGCAUGAACAACCUGUACUGAAUGAUACUGCUUUAAAAUAUAAUGUAUGUUUAUUAUGUUUAUUACUUGUAUAUUAU